CCUUCAAACCAAAAAUGUGGUGGAAGAAAGAAAACUGUGUCUUUCAGCAGCAUGCCAUCAGAAAAGAAAAUUAGCAGUGCAAAUGACUGUAUCAGCUUCAUGCAAGCUGGCUGUGAACUGAAGAAAGUUCGUCCAAAUUCUCGCAUUUACAACCGUUUUUUUACUCUGGACACAGACCUCCAAGCUCUUCGCUGGGAACCUUCCAAGAAAGACCUUGAGAAAGCUAAGCUUGAUAUUUCUGCCAUAAAAGAGAUCAGACUGGGAAAGAACACAGAAACAUUUAGAAAUAAUGGCCUUGCUGACCAGAUCUGUGAGGACUGUGCCUUUUCCAUACUCCAUGGGGAAAACUAUGAGUCUCUGGACCUAGUUGCCAAUUCAGCAGACGUAGCAAACAUCUGGGUGUCUGGGUUAAGGUAUCUGGUUUCUCGCAGUAAGCAACCCCUUGAUUUUGUGGAGGGCAACCAGAACACACCAAGGUUCAUGUGGUUGAAAACAGUGUUCAAAGCAGCAGAUAUCGAUGGGAAUGGGAUCAUGUUGGAAGAUACCUCUGUAGAGUUAAUAAAACAACUCAACCCUACCCUGAAGGAAUCCAAGAUCAGGUUAAAGUUUAAAGAAAUCCAGAAGAGCAAAGAAAAACUAACCACCCGAGUGACAGAAGAGGAAUUUUGUGAAGCUUUUUGUGAACUUUGUACCAGGCCAGAAGUGUAUUUCUUACUUGUACAGAUAUCUAAAAACAAAGAAUAUUUGGAUGCCAAUGACCUCAUGCUGUUUUUAGAAGCUGAGCAAGGAGUCGCCCACAUCACCGAGGAUAUGUGCUUAGACAUCAUUAGGAGAUAUGAACUUUCUGAAGAAGGACGUCAGAAAGGGUUUCUUGCAAUUGAUGGCUUUACCCAGUAUUUAUUGUCACCAGAAUGUGACAUUUUCGAUCCUGAGCAAAAGAAGGUUGCUCAAGAUAUGACCCAGCCAUUAUCUCACUACUAUAUCAAUGCCUCUCAUAACACAUAUCUGAUAGAAGACCAGUUCAGAGGACCAGCUGAUAUCAAUGGGUAUGUUAGAGCUUUGAAAAUGGGCUGUCGAAGUAUUGAACUUGAUGUAAGUGAUGGUUCAGACAGUGAACCAAUCCUUUGUAAUCGAAAUAACACGACAGCACAUGUUUCCUUUAGAAGUGUCAUAGAGGUGAUACAUAAAUUUGCCUUUGUUGCUUCUGAAUACCCACUCAUUCUUUGCUUGGGGAAUCACUGCUCCCUACCACAGCAGAAGGUAAUGGUUCAACAGAUGAAAAAAGUCUUUGGCAGUAAACUCUAUACUGAAGCACCUUUGCCAUCAGAAUCCUACCUCCCAUCACCAGAAAGAUUAAAAAGAAUGAUCAUUGUGAAAGGAAAGAAAUUGCCUUCUGAUUCAGAUGUGUUAGAAGGAGAAGUAACAGAUGAAGAUGAAGAAGCUGAAAUGUCUCGAAGGAUGUCAGUAGAUUACAAUGGUGAGCAGAAACAAAUCUGGCUCUGUAAGGAGCUCUCCGAUUUGGUAACUAUUUGUAAAUCUGUUCAGUACCGGGAUUUUGAACUGUCUAUGAAAAGCCAAAACUAUUGGGAAAUUUGUUCAUUUAGUGAAACAGAGGCCAGCCGGAUUGCAAAUGAAUACCCAGAGGAUUUUGUAAAUUAUAAUAAAAAGUUCUUAUCAAGAAUCUAUCCAAGUGCCAUGAGGAUCGAUUCCAGUAACUUGAAUCCACAGGACUAUUGGAAUUGUGGCUGUCAGAUUGUGGCAAUGAAUUUUCAGACUCCAGGUCCAAUGAUGGACCUUCACACAGGCUGGUUUCUUCAAAAUGGAGGAUGUGGUUAUGUUCUUAGACCGUCCAUCAUGCGAGAUGAAGUUUCUUACUUCAGCGCAAAUACGAAGGGCAUUGUACCUGGAGUGUCUCCUCUAGCUCUUCAUAUCAAGAUCAUCAGUGGUCAGAAUUUCCCAAAGCCCAAGGGAGCUUGUGCCAAAGGGGAUGUCAUAGAUCCCUAUGUUUGUAUAGAGAUACAUGGAAUUCCAGCGGACUGCUCAGAACAAAGAACUAAAACUGUGCAACAAAACAGUGAUAAUCCCAUUUUUGAUGAAACUUUUGAGUUUCAAGUAAACCUACCUGAGCUGGCCAUGAUCCGUUUCGUCGUUCUCGAUGAUGACUACAUUGGGGAUGAGUUUAUAGGGCAAUAUACAAUACCGUUUGAAUGUUUGCAGCCUGGAUAUCGGCAUGUUCCCCUGCGCUCCUUUGUGGGUGACAUCAUGGAGCAUGUGACCCUUUUCGUCCACAUAGCAAUAACUAAUCGAAGUGGCGGAGGGAAGGCACAGAAGCGCAGCCUUUCAGUGAGAAUGGGGAAGAAAGUUCGAGAAUAUACCAUGCUCAGGAAUAUCGGUCUUAAAACCAUAGAUGACAUCUUUAAAAUAGCAGUCCAUCCCUUACGAGAAGCCAUAGAUAUGAGAGAAAAUAUGCAGAAUGCCAUAGUGUCUGUUAAGGAACUGUGUGGACUCCCUCCAAUUGCCAGUCUGAAGCAGUCCCUGUUGACCUUGUCCUCUCGGCUCAUAACCAGUGACAAUACUCCCUCAGUCUCUCUUGUGAUGAAAGACAGCUUUCCUUACCUGGAGCCUUUGGGUGCAAUUCCAGAUGUGCAGAAAAAGAUGCUGGCUGCCUAUGAUCUGAUGAUUCAAGAGAGCCGGUUUCUCAUAGAAAUGGCAGACACAAUCCAGGAAAAGAUUGUACAGUGUCAGAAAGCAGGGAUGGAGUUCCAUGAAGAACUUCAUAAUUUGGGGGCAAAAGAAGGCUUGAAAGGAAGAAAGCUCAACAAGGCAACUGAGAGCUUUGCUUGGAACAUUACAGUAUUGAAGGGCCAAGGAGAUCUGUUGAAGAAUGCCAAGAAUGAAGCUAUAGAAAACAUGAAGCAGAUCCAGCUGGCAUGCUUGUCUUGUGGACUGAGCAAAGCCCCCAGCAGCGCUGCUGAGGCCAAGAGCAAGCGCAGCCUGGAAGCCAUAGAGGAGAAGGAAAGCGGCGAGGAGAAUGGGAAGCUGUGACGCUGCCUAUACUUUCAGGGAGCUUUCUUGUCAAGGAUUCUGGUUUCUCAUUCUUGUUUUCUUUCUUUAAGUUCACGAAAAGAUGCCCACUAUUGGGUGUUGAACAUAAACAGAUAUUUUCACAAUGUCAGUAUUUUAAUGUAAUUUAUCUAAGUUAAAACCUCUAGUAGCAGUGUUUUAAAUUCUGAGAUGUGUGUACACACCCAUGUGUGGAUGCCUGUGAAAGUGUGUGUGUGUGUCUGAGAGAGAGAGAGAGAGAGAGAAAUACUGUGCAAAUCUAUUUUGUGUUGCAUUAUUCAUUUAGUAAGUUAUUCCUUUAUCAUUUUUGGACAAAUGUGUUCAUCUGAAGUUCUAAAGAGCACUUACUGUAACCUGUUGCUGUGUUUAAUUUUACUUCUUUGCCUUUGUCAUUUAAUUUACAGGUUUUAGCAUACUUUAUUAUUGAAGGAAGCCAAAUUUAUCAAAGCAUAGACAUUUUGAUAGAUUAAAUAUAGAUUAGAAAAGUUUCUAAGAAUCACAGUAGAAAUUAAAGUGAAUGAAAAAUUAAACAAAUUAUUAGAAUUUCGAGAAACAUCAGCAAAGUCAUUUUUAGGUAAACAAUCUCUUUGAAAUAUUUAUUAAAUUCAAUUAAUUCUUAGAAAGUUUUUUGUAGUUGUUUACUAAUCAUAUGAUUUCAGUAGAAAAGCUAAUCAUAAGUGAAUUUAUACCCACCUAUGUGAUACACUGAAACACACCGAAAGUUCUGUUGUAAUUAGGAUUUUGAUGUGACAAUAAUAUUCAGUUAUGGAAUUUCAAGAUUUGUAGAAAGGUCUCAUUCUUUCAAACUGGGAGUCUAGCAUUCAUUUUCUAUAACAGACAUGGGCAGCUAAGAGGUCUUGGCUUUGGAUUUUAAAUUUAGAGUAUUAAAUUUAGACUUAAAGACAGUAUUCAAUACCAUACCAUCACAUCGAGCUAAUAUAAAUUCUGUGGGUCAGAUAACAUCUUCAUGAUGGUUUAAGAACUAACUGAUUACAAAUCAUCUAUGAUAUAAUUUUAACACAUAUCGAGAUAUACACACACAAAAAGAAGCAAAUCACUAAUUAAGGAAAACUUAUAAUUGCAUUUAGAUCAUUUUUACCCUGAUGUCUUCAUAAAGUACUUGAGUAUAAUGUUUGUUACCUCCAACAGAACUAAACGUUCUACAGUUAUGAAAGAAUAUAUUUAUUUAAAACAUUGCUUUUAUUUUGAAAAGCUUCUUAAUUAAUUUGAUUAACAAAUUUGCCAAUUUGGGGGAACCUAGAGAAGAUAAUUGUUAAAAUUUUGCAAAUAUAACGAUCUUCUAUAGCUACUGUGUUAAGUUAUUUCUGACUUCUUAACACUAUUAUGUUCAUGUUGCACAUUACCGAAAGAGUAAAGCUAUGAAAAAACACUA